AUGACGACCCACGAGCUGAUCAUGAACAGCGGCCCCAGGAUGUGGUGGGCGAUCUUCCAGUGCCUUGCGUCCUUUGUCGAGUUUGGAUGCUACCCGAACGUCGGCCACCUGAUUUCCAUGGCUGCUGUUCCGAAGGUGGAGGGAGGAUGUUUCUUGGAGAUGUUGAUGAGGCCAGUGAGUUUGUGUAGUGUUUUUUCGAAAUUGUUGGAUAACAUACUUGACAGUGCGUAAAAGUAUUGAGUGCGUAUUCUGAUGACAUAACGGUGGUCGUAGACGAAUCCCCAGGGGCAGAAAAGGUGCCCAGUGUCAUGAAAGCGAAGGGGCUACAGAAGAAGAUAUUUUUUGAUGCAGCAAAGCACUCCAGAAUUAUGUAUGACGCAGAAAAGCCAAGCACAGUUUCGGCUACAGGUACAGGCAGAAGCCUCGGAGUUAUUUAUGAUGGCACUAUGAAUUUCAGGGCUCACGCGAAGGAGGUGCUGCGCAAGGUCGGCAAGGAGUUUGACUUCCUACAGACAGAGAAGGGGUGGGGGGUCAAGCAGCUGAUCAUGUUGAUGAACGCCUUCGCCUAUCCAGCAGUCACCUCCAUUUCGGUGGUGACCUUCCCCUACUUUACGCUCGCAGCCAAGAAGGAUAUCAGCACAGCUUUCAGCAGUAAGAUCAAGCAGCGGCUCGAUCUCCCGAAGAACACUAGUAAUGCCGUCCUCUUCCACACUACCGGCCUCGCCCCCCCCCAUCGACUACAUGCUGGUGGACGCGUUGAUGGUGUACUUUAAGGGCGCGGCGCAACAGCUCUGGGAUCUUCAUCUGUCCAGCGACAACAUCCCGAGCUUCCGGCCGUCCACGGGUCUUGUCGCUGCGGCCGGACCACUUCCUCCCACGCCGGUGCCGUUGUACAGCAGUAACAGACGGAGGAGCAAAGGGGGAGACUGGUAGUGGGGGGGGUGCCUCCUGGACAGAUGCAGAUGGAGGGGUAGUGCGACGCAAUUUGAUUCGACAGCAAGAAAAAGCCUGUCGGCGUCAGCGCAUGCGGGUCAUCUGGUAGGAAUUGGAUAAUGAGUAGGGCGCCCCUGCUUCUGACUGUGCGUGCGGCGGUAGACAUGGAUCAUAAUCAUAAAAAGAACAUCCCGCACUACAUCAUAUGGGAUGUGAUUAUGACUGCUACAACCGACGCACUUCCUUGACGGGAGGUUGCAUGCUGAUUGAUCAUGUCCUCUUGGGGUCGCGAAGAUGAAAAACUUUUGAGUUUAAGGUACCGGAUGUUCAUUGUAGUUGGUUCUAAGAUAUCACAAU